AAGGAGGGACGAAGGGACGGCAGGAGGCGGAUCCCGGUUGUCACUGCGGCAGGACUCGGCCCCCGCCCCGGUGGCGGUACCGGACCGACCCGUGGUCUGGGGUCCUUAACCUGGAGCCCCGACCAGCCCAAGCUCAGGCAGAGAGGCAAGGGAUGCAUGGCUGCCCGCCGCCUCCUCCUCAACACCAUGAAGCAGAUCUGCCUCUGUGCCGCUGCAUCCUUUGCGAGUCAGGACUGGACCAAGAACGAUGAGAAGCUCUUGCAAGCUGUGGACUACAAUGAUGCUGGAAAGGUGGCAUCCCUCCUCGUCCGCAAGGGUCUGGUCCCCACCAAGCUGGAUUCAGAGGGCAAAUCUGCGUUUCAUCUGGCUGCCACCCGGGGGAAUGUGGAUUGCCUUGAAGCCAUGCUGGCUCACGGUGUGGAUGCCAUGACCAAAGACAGCUCAGGUUACACUGCCUUGCACCUGGCAUCCAAGCACGGACACCCACAGUGUGUGAGCAAGCUGCUGCAGGCUUCCUGCCCUGUGGAUGUAGCUGACAGCAAUGGACAGACAGCACUUCACCACGCAGCAAUCAGUGGCUGCAUAUCGUGCUCAGAGAUCCUCUGCGAUUACAAAGCUCCCCUGAACAUUAAGGACAAGAAUGGCUGCACACCAUUGAUCCUUGCUGCAAAGAUGAGCCACUCAGAGCUCUGUCAGUACCUGCUGCACCACGGAGCAGCCAUCAACAGCCGGGACCUGCAGGGGAAGACAGCCCUGAUGUUGGCCUGUGAGAAUGGCAGCGUGGAGACAGUGGAGGUGCUCAUCAAUGCUGGUGCACGGGUGGCCUUGGUGGACUCGAUGGGUCACGAUGCUGCACACUACGGCCUGUCCACGGGCAAUGCUCUCAUCCAGCACUUCUUGCAAGAGGCUGCUCAGCGCCAGUCCUGGGCCAGUGAAGAGGAAUCAUCUGAGCAGAUGUCCCAGACAUCUUCACCCAGCCAGUCAUUAGGCAGAGAGAAAAGCAACACCCCGAGGAAGAGGAAAGCUCCCCUGCCUCCUGCAGGUGCCCCAGGCCAGGAAGACCAGGAUGCUUAUGAGGAGAUUGUGAGGCUGAGGCAGGAGAGGGCACAGUUCUUACAGAAAAUCCGAGGCUUGGAACAGCAGGAGAAGGAGAGACGAGAGCAGGAUAAGGGCUCCCUACGCUCCAUGGAGAAGCAGAUCCAAGAGCUGGAGGAGCGGCUGGCAGCAAGGGAAAGAGAAAAGGAGAGGCUGGGGAAGGAGGUGGAGGCUUUGCAGAGCCGCUUGUCCUCGCUGGAGAAUGAGAAGGAAAACACCAGCUACGACAUUGAGACGCUGCAGGACGAGGAGGGAGAGCUGCUUGAGUUCCCAGGUAGGGCCCUGCUGACCUCCCAAGGCCACCGUGGGGCUGUGGAGUGGGAUAUAUGGGCAUCUGUGUGCUGCACAGGGGCAGAGCUGCUGCUCUCCAAGAAGACUCUGAGCCCUUCGGCUGAGGAAAUGCUGGCCACGCUGCAGGGCCAGGUGCAGUCCCUCACUAUGCAGAACAAGGAGCUGAGGGAGAAGAUACAGGUCCUGGAGAACUUCGAGAGGGAUGAGAGUGACCCAUCUUCCCAUGGGGACUUUGUGCCUGUCAGCCUCUACAACUCCCUCAAACGAGAGCUGGAGAGGCUGAAGACUCAGGGUGCAACAGAGCCGGGUGGAAAGAGCAGCAAGGAGCAGCAAUGCACAGAGCAACAGGUCCAGAGCCGCUGUAAGUGUGAGCUGCGGGUGCCACUGCAGCAAUCUCCCUCCAGCCCCAAGCAGGAGGGUGGCAAUGAGCUGGCAGAGGCCCGGGUGGCCUUGAAGCAGGCACAGGCAGCGCUGGAGGAGCGUGAGCAGCAGGUGAGGGAGCUGCAGGGUCGUUUGGAGGCUGGUGGCCAGGAGGAGGCAUUGAGGGAGAAGGCAGCUCUGCUGGAGCGCUGCAACAGAGCAGAGGCGAUGGCGGAGGCGAUGAGAUGCAAGCUGGAAGCCAAGACACAGGGCUGGCAGGAGGGUGAUGCAUCCAAGCUGGAACCAGGGGUGCAGGAGCAGCGCAUGGCCGAGCUGACAGCUCAGCUUGGGCAGCUACGAGAGCUGCUGGGCUGCAGGGAGGCCGAGCUGGAGACCCUGAGAGAGCAACUGGCAGCACGGCCGGUGGGACGGCAGGAGCAUGAGGAGGUGCUGGCCAGGCUGCAGCAAGCACAGAGGGAAGCUAAAGGCCAUGUGUCAGCAGAGGAGCACGCUCGGGCCACUGCGGCGCUGCAGGAGCAGCUGCAGGCGCUGCAACAGCGUGCAGAUCGGCUGCAGGCUGUGGUUGAAGCUAAAGGGCGUGAAGCUGCAAGGCUGCAGGCUGAGCUGGCGGCAGCAGUGCCACGUGGGGAGCAUGAAGCGGUGCAGGAGGGGCUGCGGGCUGAGACGGCUGCAUUGAGCCAGAGGUUGAACGAGCUGUCGAGGAAGCACGAGAAGACCUGCGAGGAGGUGUUCAGGGUGCAGAGGCAGGCGCUGUUCAUGAAGAGCGAGAGGCAGGCGGCGGAGGAGAGGUUGGCCGCGGUGCAGCAGCAGCUGGCGGAGGCGAGGGAUGAAGCACGACGCCUGCAGGACCUCCAUGGCCAUGCAGAGGACUCAGCCCGGUUGGUGAGGGACAGGGAUAGGAAGAUCACUGAGCUCUCCAAGGAGGUCUUCAGGCUGAAGGAGGCCCUCAAUGCUCUCCCAGAGCCCAAGGGGGGGCUGCAGACCCCCCCUGACGCUGCUGCCAUGCAGUCCAGGAUCCAGGCGCUGGAGGAGAAGCUUGAGGAGACGGAGCUGCAGCACAGCAAGGUGGUGAAGCUGUACCGGAGCCACCUGCUCUGUGCAGUGCAGGGCCACAUGGAUGAGGACGUGCAGAGGCUGCUGUGCCAGAUCCUGAAGAUGCAGAGGCUGCAGGAGCAGGACAGAUGAAUCCCAAUAAGGGAUAAUGGGCACAACCAGCAACCUGGCCAAGAUGGGGAGGGGGUCAGGCCUAUGUUCACACCCUCACGGCCCCUUUGCUUCUCUGAGCACUCACCUGGCAAUGGGGGGGGGGGGGGUCCUGUGCUACCCCCACACAGCAAUAAAGUGUUUCUAUUCACAGCAA